AUGCCCACAAACUACACCACCCUCUUUGUCUGCGAACACAACGGAGCUACGCUGCAGCAGACACCGGCCGCCGCGUGUUUCCAACUCCUAGUUUGCCCCUCCCGCCCACUCGAAAUUGGCUCAAACGUCCACCUCUCGCUCCUCAUCGACCCGCCCGAGUUGGUCCCCUUCUUUCCAGUCGGGACGCGGGCCCCCUUCACUGCCAUGCGUUUGAAUAUUUGGGGAGGAGUCGUCGGAAUCGCGUCCAGGGAUAGGAGGACGAUCGAGUUUGAAGUCGAGAACUGGAAUGAGGAAGCGCUCGUCCGGCACGCCCGCAUAUUGGUCCCGUGGCUGCCGGGCUUGACCACUGGCCGAGACCUCCGAGGGAGCUCGGAGACCGGGAUGCCCGACCGGACACAAGAGGCAUGGUCCCACGCGGGACUGCGCCAAGCGGCUGAGGAACACCAGGUUCUGGGCACGCGGCGUUGCACGGUGCCGGCCUGCAGAGUCUACGUGCAGCCGUGGUCGCUGUAA